AUGCCCUUUGGCCUAACGAAUGCUGUGCCCACGUUCCAGCGACUUAUGCUUGCUGUGUUGAAUGGUCUUUUGCCACUCAAGUGUCUGGUUUACUUAGAUGAUGUUUUGGUUGUGGGUCGCACGUUUGACCAACAUUUGGAGAAUUUGGACGAUGUCUUGCAGGCCAUAGACAAAGCUGGAUUGAGACUUAAGUUGUCCAAGUGUAGUUUUGCGAAGCCAAGUGUGGAUUUCUUGGGUUUUACCGUUUCUGCUGCUGGUCUGGCCCCAAAUGUGACCAAAGUUGAAGCAAUCCGUGCUUUUCCUACCCCACAGAAUCUCACUGAGUUGCGACGUUUCCGGGGUAUGGCCUCUUACUACAGGCGUUUUAUUUCUGGUUUCAGUGACAUUGCAGGUCCUCUUCAUCGUCUGACGCAAAAAGGUGUCCGCUUUGAUUGGGACAAGAACUGUCAACGAGCGUUCGAACAACUGAAAGAACAACUUAUAUCUGCCCCUGUUUUGGCAUUUCGUGACUUAAAUGGAGACUAUAUAUUGUAUACGGAUGCGAGUGAUGUGGGCAUAGGCGCAGUGCUGACCCAAAAGGAUGAAAAUGAGGAAGAAAAAGUGGUUUCUUUUGCAUCUAAGGCAUUUUCGGGUGCUGAAAAGAACUGGACAACUACAGAAAAGGAAGCAUUUGCAGUGGUCUGGGCUUUACAAUACUUUCACCCAUAUGUAUAUGGGAGAAAGGUCACCAUAUAUACUGAUCAUAAGGCUUUGAAAUGGCUUCGAGACAUCAAACAUCCAAAUGGUAAAUUAGCUCGUUGGAUCUUAAAAUUGGAAGAAUAUGACUAUACGAUAGAACACCUACCUAACACGAAAAUGCAGCAUGCGGAUGCCUUGUCUCGUGCACCUGUGAACACUAUCUUGGUUUCGAUGUCAACCUGGCAAGAGUUUGAAGACAUGCAAACGUUCGACGAGGAUAUUCAGUUGGUUAAAGAAUGGGUGCAAAGUGGUUCUAGACCAGAUCAAAAACCGGUUGAUGUGAGUGUAACUCUAGAUACAUUAUACAAGAAUUUUGAUUCAUUGGUUGUCAAAAAUCAUGUCUUAUGUCGAAAGUGGACUGAUAAGACAGCAAAGGAACGAGAGCAAAUUGUGGUACCUACCUAUCUAACUCCUAACAUACUGGAAGAAGCCCACUGUCAAGUUGGACAUUUAGGCGUUGCAAAAACGUUUGAGAUGAUUCAACGGAAGUUUUAUUGGCCUGGAUUCUUUAAAGCUGUUGAAGAAUUUUGUAGAAAUUGUGAAGUUUGUUCCAAAAAUAAAGCAGUACCUAGGCCGCGGAGUCCGAUGAAGCCAAUCGAAGUGAUACCCAUACCAUUUUAUAUGAUUGGUGUAGACAUUAUUGGUCCAUUAAAAACAACUAGUAGAGGAAACAAAUACAUUUUGUCAGUCGUUGAUUACUACACAAAGUACGCAGAGGCAGUAGCAUUGCCAAAUCAAGAAGCAGUUACAGUUGCGAGAGCCCUGGAAGACAUCUUUGCUAGACAUGGAAUGCCCUCAGUCCUACUAACAGAUCAAGGCAGUAAUUUUGAGUCCAAAGUGAUUGCAAGUCUAUGUGAAAUGUUUGGAAUUGAAAAGAGACGGACUACAGCCUACCAUCCCCAAACAGACGGGUUGUGCGAGCGGUUUAAUGGUAUUUUGAAAUCCUUGUUGAGAAUGAGAGUAAACAAAGAGAAAAAUGAUUGGGACGAGCAGCUGCCACAUGCGUUACUGGCUUAUCGGGUUAGUACGCAAUCCUCUACGGGUGUGACACCAUUCGAAAUGUUAUAUGGUAGAGAAGUGAGAUUGCCAUUUGGAACGGAUCAAGAAAAACUGGUAUCUAGCCCAACACAUGGUCCAGCCAAAUACGUUGAAGAGUUAAAGAAGAGACAAGAUAUUCUCCGGAAAUUGGUUACUAAAAGGAUCGAGAAAGCGCAAGAGAAGCAGAAACGUAGUUAUGAUUUACGGUAUCGAGCACAACAAAACAAGCGGUUUUACAUGGGGGACACUGUUCUAUUAAAGAAUUUUCGAGCGCGAGGUUUAGAUGAAAAGUAUACGGGUCCUUACAUCAUUGUUAACAUUCGAGAGAACGAUUGCGAGAUAGAGUCAUUGGAAAGCAGAAAGUGUAAAGUUGUACAUGCGAAUAAUCUAAGACGGUUUGUCGUAGAAACAGUUGCUAAUCCAUUGGGUGAGGAAUCGGAAGACAUGCUAAGUUCUGAUUCGGAUGAGUCUACGAUUGAACUUAUUAAUGAGCGUGCUGGAGUACGUUUAGCACCACGUGGAAUCGAUGAUCAGGCAGAACCAUUAAAUUUACGUUAUAACUUAAGACAGAAUCGAAGACAACCCGAUCGUUAUGGAGUACCUGUGUUGGAUUAUUGA